CAAUGAAGCUUGGCAAAGUGACGGACCGGCUACUGUGUCGCUUGUCGCAUACAUCUCAAGCCCCGAAUCAAAUGAAAUGUGUAAAAGGCAAACGAUCACUGACACAUCACGGACGGCACACACAUAUCAGUUAAGGUCUAACGUUUUUCUGCUCAGUCUUGAAUCUUAAAACAACGGUUACGGACGUUCGUUCCAGUGCAUUGCAUCUCUGGCUGCGCUAAAAUGACAACAAAAACUACAUUUACCGCAUCUUAUUUUAGUUCUGAUCGUUCAUUCGAAUAAUGUUGUGACGACAAUCCAUCAUAACAUCAAAGAUUCUAAAUCAAGUGUAUCAUUUAGCGGUCCAUCGAUCGAUUGACCGAUUUAUCGAUCCAUCAGAAAUUAAUUAAACUUUCGAUGCCAAUAAACCAAACAAAAAAUAGACAAAAAAAACAUAAUCAGCUGUCAACGUAAUUGAAGUGAGAAAAAAAAACGAAUCAAAUCAAAACAGACCAAAUGUGUGUCACUUCAACAUAUCUCUCGCCACGCUGUAUUCAGUCAAUGGGCAGAGAUUCGAGAAAAUAGAUCCUAUCGAGCAAGUGUCAAUCGGUUUUAUGUGAGAGUGCAAUUAGCUCGUCGCGUGACACAUUCGGCAGACCCGAAAGGGCAAAAACGUUUGAUUUUUGAUGAUCGCGAUACGCGAGAAUGAAAACAUAAGGUCGGUAAAAGUCUGAAAAUUCGUUUUGCAAUCGCCUCUAAUAUUUGUUUUUGGAAAUAUGAUUACUUACAAAAAAUUAUUGAAAUUACAAAUUAAACAUAUUUCUAAGGAUCAAUUCGCACAUGCAGUCUAAUUAGCUUUUUGUUUUUUACUGCAAUAAUUCUAUCAAAUGUUUGUGUGAAGCGUAUGAAGGCUGUGCUAUACGUGAAAGCAACAGGCGAUUCUAAGUUACGAGUUUAUGCAAAUUAAAUCAAAAAACACAAAAACAAAAACAAAAAAUAUUGACGUCAGCGAAUUCUUUAAAAAUACACACAUCAUAGCAAUAUUAUUAAAAUAUAUAUUUAUGUGUAUAAAAAUAACACACAAAAAUAGUGAACGCGACCAAAAGAGACCUUUUAUUCGAUAAAAGAAAGGCAAAUGUUGGACGUCAUCAGUGACCUCAGAUUAUGAACAACACAAAAACCACCUGCUAAAUGCUGCAGGUGUUGCUGUGGUAGCGUUGCGAAUUUUCGCAUUUAAAGUAGCCAGUGGCAACUGCUUGACAUGUAAGCCGCCUUAAUGUACCAAACUCCCAAGAGCAUUAAAUUAUGUCGUUAUCAAUUCAAUUUCCCGUGCUAAAAAUACUCGAAAAAAAAAAUCGCCAAUGAGUCGAGAAUGGCCCACAACAUAAAUUAAGAAAACAAAAAGAGAAACGCACAAACACACAAACACACGCGAAAAAAUUAAAUAAAAAGAGCACAUGGUCGAGUGUGAUUACUUGUGUUUUUGUUGUUUUUUUUCGCUGUGCACAAAAUAAGAUCAACAACAACGUGGGAACGUCAUUCUACGUCAUCGUUCUGCACCGAGAUAAGAGUGUUGCGGCACAAUGCAAAACAAAAACAAGAGCCAACAAUACCAACAAGUCUUCGUAAAUCAUCCGUGGGGGAAAGAAAGCAUUUGUUUUGGUUUGAUAGCGUAAAAUGUUGUUGUCGUCGUCGUCGUCGUCAUCAUCAUUGCCAUCGUCCAUUGAAUAAAAUUAAACAACAGAACAGAACUUUAAAAUUGUUGUGCUUUAGUGAGUGAGUGUGAAUUUUGGCGCCAUUUAAUUACUGGAAGUAGUGAGUGAAGUGAACAAAGGUACAAUGCAACAGGCCACAAUGGCAACAACACGGAACAACAAUACAACUAAAGGAGAAGAAGAAGAACUUCUUGAACUCUUGGGCAGAUCACAACCGAAGUCCAUGCUGAAGGCGGGCAACUCUAAAACAGCACACCGCUGGAAAAUGCCAACCAGCCAGCCGUCCUCGUUAGAACAUGAUGAUGAUAGCACAAAUGCCACAAGAGCACCCAGCUCCAAGACGACAACAAAUGAUCAGCGCAUCUCAUCGCCCUCAUCCUAUCAUGACUCGGCUUUGACCAACAAAGAAUCACAUGACGAGCAUCGAGGCUCAAGCGAAAGCACUGCCAUAACUCAACACAGAAAUAGCGGGUCCAGAGAUUCGAAUGGCGGCAAGGCGGUUGACACAUAUAUACGUGCCUCCGGCCCCGACAGUGGAGGUGGUGGAGGUGGCGGUGGUGGUGGUGGUAUUGGUGCUAAUGAAAGUUUACCUGGCCCAGCUGACCAUGACGAGGAAGAGACUGACGUUAUUGGUGAUUUGGUGGGCCACUUUGGCAAAUGGCAAUUCCUGAUGACCAUACUGUUGUCGCUGUUCCAAGUACCAAAUACAUUUCACAUAUCCUCAUCCAUCUAUCAAGCAGCCAACAAAGAUUUCUGGUGUAGGCGUCCCUCCCAUCUGCAGCAUUUAACGGUUGAUGUGUGGCGCAAUCUUAGCAAUUCCAAUGACAAUUGCUUUCAAAAUCUCGUUGACUGGGAGGGUAUUAGCAACGAAACAAUGGAACAAUUGCAACAGCAAGGAUCCGUAUUCAAAGCCGUCAUUGGCAACAACGAUACGCGCCAAGCCUGCUCCGCCUGGGAGUAUGCCACCGAUGAUAAUGUGGGGAACAGCUGGACUUCACAGUGGGAUCUGGUGUGCGACAAGGAGUAUCUGAAGAAUGUGGCCGAAAUGUUUUUCCUGCUGGGUGUGGCGACUGGAGGAAUCAUAUCCGGCUACCUCUCUGACAAAUUCGGCCGCAAAACCAUGCUCUUCAUAUCGGCUGUACUGCAGACAAUAUUCGGUCUAGCACUGUAUUUUCCACACUCAUUUGAAUUUUACAUAACACUGAGAGCACUUUUGGGUUUGGUAUCCGUGUCAGUAACCUACUCCGGCCUGAUUUUGGCCAUUGAAUAUGUCGAUGGCAAAUGGCGCACAAUAGCAGGCAUGUACAACUUAUUCCCACUGCCCAUAUCUUACAUGGCCAUCUCUGGCAUUGCCUAUCUGACGCAAGACUAUCAGCGUCUGCAGUUGUGCAUAGGAAUACCGGGAAUCUUUUUAUGCUUUCUGUGGUUCGUGGUGCCCGAAUCUCCGCGUUGGCUUUUGGUCAAGGGCCGCAUUGAGGAAGUGAAACGCAUUGUCGAAGCUGCUGCCGAAUUCAACAAACGUCAAUUGCCCAGUGACUAUGAGACACUGUUGAAACCGCCACCCCAAGAGGAGAAUUCCCAGGACUUUUUUUACCUCUUCAAAUCGCGCUACUUGAGACGCAUCACAAUUUGCUUUCUUUGCAUUUGGUUCACCAUGAAUUUGGCCUACUAUGGCUUCAUAUUGAAUAUGAAUACGUUCGGCGGCAACGUCUAUUUAAAUUCGGCUUUAGCCGGUCUGGUCGAAAUACCUGCCAUUGCAAUUGCCAUGUACAUUAUCUCAAAGGUGGGUAAGAAAUGGCUCUUCAGUGCCACCCUAGUAUGUGCUGGCAUAGCCUGCUGUUGUGCAGCCAUUACUGAGGGCAAGGAGGACAUUCUGUGGUUGAAAAUAACCUUCAUUAUGAUUGGAAAAUUCACCAUUAGUGCUGGCAACACCAUAAUGCCCGUCUACACCGCCGAAUUGUAUCCAACGGCCAUACGCAACGUUGGCGUGGGAGCCUGUAAUGUUGCCGCUGGCCUGGCCUUGAUAUUAACUCCAUAUUUGUCAUUAUUGAACAAAAUCGAAGAUCAUCUUCUGAUGUCACUCCUAACCGCAUGGUGUCUAUUUGGAGGAUUUGUUGUGCUCUUCUUGCCGGAAACCAUGAAACAACACACACAAUCUUCAAAGGAAACAAAGGAAGAAAAGUGUUAGAACUACCUACAGCAUUGAGAGCACAGUACAGAAAAAAUAAUUUCCAGUAUGAUGUGAAUGACUUGCUCGGAUUUUGGCUGGUCCAGAAUUUCAUAAAAUCACGCUAUCAAGAGGCGUUAAUCCACGCACCCCUUAGCCCCCGUUUUGUCGUCAUCAUCAUCAAACAUUUGCAUAUCACUUUAUACACAUACAUACGUACAAACGCGUAUGUGUGACUUUGUUGAUCGAUCAUACAUCAAUUGUAUUGUAUUUGUAUUUGUUACUAAACUAGAAGCCCCCUUUUGUUAUUGAACCUCAACAGGCAGGACCUUUAAGUUAUUUUUUUAUAUUUUUUUUAAUGCGCCCCACCGCCAUCGCACACCAUACCGAAUCCAUUACAACGUAAUUAAUUAAUUUUAGUAAAAAACCAAAUACAGAAGAAAAAAGAAAAUCCAUAAAUAAUCACAAACAAACGCAUUACCUACUCUUAGAUAUGAAAUGUUGUAUAAAACAAAAUGAUAAUUUCAAUUGUAUUAAAAACAAAAAAAAAAAAAAAAACAAAAAACGAACACAAGAAACAUAUUUACAUGUAUAUAACCAAUAUAUACAUACAUUAGCAUGCAUGCUCAUACACCCACACUUGCAUACAUGCAUGCAGACGAAGAACAGCAGCAGCAAAGAGAGUAUGUUGAGGAUGGUGAGGAAGAUAAAGUUGAGCAUACAACAUUUAGCACGUAGUCAAUUAUUUACUAACUGUUCCCCAAAACAAAACAAAAAAAGAAAACUCAAAGUUAUUGUCAAUGAAGGAAGAACGAUGAUGUUGUAUUUGUCAAUUAAUCCAAUUAUAAGUAUAUAAAUAUAUGACACACUCACACACAUGCCUAAUACAUACAUAGAUGUGUAUUGCAAUUGCAAAAUUUCAAUUAAUUUUAAUUCGAAUCAAUUCUAGAUAAAUUGGAAAUCUCAACUUUUAGUAUCAACCAUCAUCAUGAUUGUUAUUAUAAUUAUUGCAUUUCUUUUUUUUUUAUAUAUACAUUUCUAUAGAGAUAAAGUAAAGGAAAUGAAAGGAAAGGAAAAGAGAAACCCAAAAACAAAAACAGAGAAAAACAUCUAUAUAUACAAAUGAAAUGAAACCUUAGCAUUAUUAUGUCAGCUAAAAAUCUAAAAAACCACAAUAAUUGUUGUGAAUUAACCGAGUAACCAAUCGAAGAAGAAGAAGAAGAUGAAGCAUGAGUAGGAUUAUGAAUGUUGUUGUUAAUUUAUCCUAUCUUAACUUGUGUGCUGUACAAACGACAAUCCUUGUUGUGCAUGGUACUCAGCUGGAAAUUUGUAUUGUACUGUAUCAUUUUGUAGCGUACUGUAUAUUGUACUGUACCGUAUGGAUGUCGCUUAAGACCCACCAAAGAAAGUGGUUAUCAAUCUAUAGAAAAAAAACAAAAACCCACAAAAACUUGUACUUAAGAUAUUAUCUUUCUUCCUCUCUCUCUCUCCCCCUAAAUAUUCUAAGUGAUAAAACUAAAAGAACAGCAACAAUAACAACAACAAAAUGAACAAACACAAAACUAUUUACUUUGACUAGGCAACCAUGUUUUCCACUUCCACUCCCCUUCCAUUUGUGCUCCCAAUAACCUCAAUAUCACAAUGAUCAUUACAAUCAUCUGAUGUCUGCCAUUGUUUCUCUGUCUCUAAUAGUAAUUAUGUACUUACAAUGUAAGCCAUUAAUUAAUUAAUUGAUUGAUUAAAAUAUAUACAUACACAUAUAUAUAUAUAAUUUCAAUAAAACAACAACCAAUCUUUUUGUAUUAUUU